GAACUUUAGCUGUUCGGCUUCCCUCCUUCUUCCUCCAAAAGAUGAGAGCUCUUGGAUUCCCGUCUCCGAAUAUAAUCAAUGGGCUUCAUGGUUCCCAAAGAAAUGAACAAAGCAGGAUUUUUUUGGGAACACGAGAUAAUUUCGAUCUAUUGAAACCAGCUUCCCUGAAACUCAACCACUGUUUCAGAACCCAUCAUCAUCAUUUGAGCAUUCGAAUGCAAGCAGAUGGGGAAGACGACCCAGCAAGGCAGAUGAAGGAGAUGGCUGCAGCCAGGAAGAGAUGGGAAGCACUGAUCAGGGAAGAAAAAGUGAAGGUCCUAACGCCAAAGGAGGCUGGGUAUGCAAUUCAACUCUCUAACAAAACCCUGCUUGAUGUUCGUCCCUCUAUAGAGCAUAAAAAGGCAUGGGUUAAGGGCUCUACCUGGAUUCCUAUCUUUGAUGUUGAUAAUAGAUUUGAUGUUGGAACACUAUCCAGAAAGAUUACAAGUUUUAUGAUGGGAGGUUGGUGGAGUGGUGUACCAACAUUGUUGUAUGAUAAACAAUUCAUCUUGAAAGUCAAAGAGCGGUUUCAAAAAGAUACUGACCUUAUUGUUGCAUGCCAGAAGGGAUUGAGAUCUCUUGCUGCAUGUGAGCAACUGUACAAUGCAGGCUAUCGAAACCUUUUUUGGGUUCAAGGUGGUUUAGAGGCUGCUGAAGAAGAAGAUCUGGAGAGGGAAGGUCCUCAACCUUUCAAGUUUGCUGGGAUUGGUGGGGUUUCUGAGUUCCUAGGUUGGACCGAUCAACAACGAGCUGCUGCUGCCAAGGAAAGCUGGAGUUAUCGAUUAGUUUUCUCUGCACGUCUAGUUGGACUUUUUAUCUUAGCAGAUGCCCUGUUUAUUGGGGCUCAGCAAGUCGGCCACUAUCUUCAGGAGCUGAGGUCUCAGUGAGACAUUGAUCAAGGUUGGAACUAUCCUCAUCAAAGCACCUGACUUCAAAGAGAAUGAUUGUCUCCAAGCUUUGAAUUGCUCGAAGGCCACCAGAGAUUCUUCUGAAACGCCGAUUUAUGGAUCCGAGUAUCAUACAUCUCUCUCAUGCUUCUUUUUUACUGUAAUAUUCCCGUUCUAUUGAUCUUCAAGAUUCUUACCUUAUGAUGUAAUAGCAGAAUUUCUCCAGUUAUAUUGGGUUCUGGUGUGCCACUUUUUGCAAUUUUAGAUUUCAGCUGCUCAACAAUGGCCUGGAUGUUAAUUUGGAGGUUUGCUCUGUUUUUUU